UGGAGGCACGCGCACCCCAGGUGGGGCCGGGGGGGACCCGUCGCCUGUGUCCGCGGUUCCGGGAUCGGGGGGUUCCGAAGCCGGAGGGGGCAAAACCGCUCCCAGCCCGCGGAAUCUCGCACUGUUUAAAUAUCCACCGGCGAUGGGGGGAGCACAGUGUGCGGCAGUAAACGAGGCGUCUCUGGAAGAGGGUACAGAGCCACCCCCACCCCAGUCAGCUCUUCUGUCCCCACUUCCAGGACCUUAUGCCACAUUAACGAUCACCGAAUGAUGGGAAAGUGCCCUCCGCGGAGCCCGGUCAGCAGCACGGGGCCGGCCGGACACUGCGGGGGUGCAAGAGAGGGCUCAGGCACGUUCAGACCGACGGCUUCCUCCGGGGAGCCGGGCCACGCUGCCGCGGGGCCCGCGCUGCUAGCCAGCCGCUGAGAGAGCCCAUCCGGGGUGCGGGGCUAACCAAAGCCAUACGGCGCUGCCGCCAGGUGACUCGCGCUGUGCGGCCGGGCCCCGGGCAGGGCCCUCAGACCGGGCCGGACUGAGACCCGAGCGGACGCAGCUGGUUGCCACGGCAACGGCGCUGUGGCUCCGUGACGCCAUCCGGACGCGGCGGAAUCACGACCCCUGCCGCCGAGCGAGUAGUUCCGGUGAUGCGUCAUUGCUAUGCGACGCGUCAUCGGCGUGCGCUACGGGUGGGGAGGAGCCGGUCCGGGCACCGGGCGGGCCCGUGGGGCCGGUCCGGGCCAUGGAGGGUGAGGCGGCGACCGGCGGCGCGGAUCCAGGAGCCCGCGCGUGGCAGCCCCAGUGGGUGCCCCCAUGAACGAGCGUCGCGGCCGGGGCUGCCGGCACACCGCGGGGCGCCAUGAGAGCGGGCCACGAGCGGAGCCAGGAGUGUCUCCCGCCAAAGAAACGGGAACUUGCCGCCGCCAACACUGUCACCGAGGCGGGACGGGCGGGGGGAGCCCAGGGUUCGGGCGAGGGCCCCGAAUGGGCUCGUACGGCUCGGCCGGCUCCCGCCGCACCGCGCUACGGUCCUGGCGAGUCCCCCGAGGCGGCGGCGGGGCUGACGGUGGACCAGUAUGGGAUGCUCUACAAAGUGGCAGCACCGCCUGCCACCUUCUCCCCCACGGGCCUGCACCCCGUGGUGAACGUGAGCCCCCUGUCCCCCGCCUUCAACGUGACCUCGCCCAUCAUCCAGCACCCGGCGGUGCCCUUCCCCUCCCUCCACUAUGCACAGAUCCCUUCGGCUUCCCUGCAGCUCAUCGGUUCCCACUACACAGUGCCCUAUGCCAUCCCUCCUGCCUUCCUGCCUAGCCCUCUCUUGUCUCCUUCCACCAACCUUACUGCCCCCCAUGUCCCUCACUUUGUGCCAUAUGCCUCCCUGUUCACAGAAGAAGCUGCUCCUUCCCCCCAGACUACCUCUCCCACCCACAGCUUCAACAAAUCCGCCUCUGCAGCCUCUUCUGGGCAGAUGCAGCACCACGCUGCGCCUCAACCACUGGACAUGGCACCGGGGAGAAUUCCUGUUUAUUAUCAGAUGUCCCGCCUCCCACCAGGGUAUUCAGCCUAUGAGGCACCUGUAGCAGGUGGUAGCCCGGAGUCUCCUCAGCAAGACAGUCAGCUGAGCUCAGAGGUGGCUGCGGCCAAUGGUGGGCAGAGGCCCCGGGAGCAAAGUGUGGCCAGGAGGCCCAGCGAGGCUGUGGACUCUGCCUGCAGUGCAGCUGAGGACUGUCUGCCCCCCGGGGCUGCAGCAGGAUGUAUGGGCGAUGGACAGUUCCUUCCAGGUUACCAGAUGCUGGGAAGAGAGAUCUCUGUGCCUACUCACAGGAACACCCCAGACACUGAUCUGGAGGUUCAGAGGGUGGUGGGGGUGUUGGCAUCUCAGGAUUAUCAUGUUCUGGCAGCCCAGAGGAAAGAUGGCCCAAGCCCUUUGAACCUUUGCCAUAAAAUCCAGGGAGACAUGCUGAGGAACACCACAGACAGGGCUGCAGCUGGGAACAGCCAGUCCCGGAGCCCGUGUGGAAUGUCCCCCGAAGAGACUGUGAGACAGAGACAGUUAGCCAAAGGAAUGGUGAUAGCCAAUGGCAAGCCAGUACUUGUUCCCAUUGGAUCUGAGCCUGUCAGGUCUUCCGCUUCAGAAGCCCUGGUGAGGGAGAGCCCAGAUGCACAGGCUCGAGGAAAUGUACUUGAAAAGGAGCUGCCCCAGUUGCAGCCACCCAGCUCCUCACAACUGCCCUCUCACUUCAUGAAAGGAGCCAUCAUCCAGCUGGCAACAGGAGAGCUGAAGCGGGUGGAGGACCUGCAGACUCAAGACUUUGUUCGCAGUGCGGAGGUGAGUGGAGGCCUGAAGAUUGACUCCAGCACUGUGGUGGAUAUUCAGGAAAGCCAGUGGCCUGGGCUUGUCACACUGCAUUUUGUGGUUGGGGAGCAGCAAAGUAAAGUGAGCAUUGAUGUGCCCCCAGAGCAUCCCUUCUUUGUGUAUGGCCAGGGCUGGUCCUCCUGCAGCCCCGGGAGGACUGCUCAGCUCUUUGCUUUGCCCUGUCACAGGCUGCAGGUGGGGGAUGUCUGCAUAUCAAUCAGUUUACAGAGCAUGAAUGGCAACUCGGCUUCUCAGGCCAACUCCCCUCUCACGGAUCAGCUGGUAUCUGCUAGGGAGAGAUUGGAACAAACACCUCAGGGGCCCAGAGAGCCAUCUGACAGAGCUGCUGAAAAGAAGAGCCACACAGAUACAACCAGUAUGGCCCAGAGCUCUCGUGCAGAAUCUUCUCACCCUGAGGCUGGCAGUCUGUACAGUUUGGCCCCAGGCUUCCAAAGAUACAGUGUGCAGGCAGAGGAGCCUCGUUCCCCUCUGCUCCGUCCCUCUUUCAUUCCCCAGGAAGUCAAGCUGUCCAUCGAAGGGCGUUCAAAUGCAGGGAAAUGAUCCCUUGGAGGUGUGAGGUAGGGUGGCCAGAGCAGGUGAGCCUCACCGUCAGGUGGAGGAAUUGCACAGACUCUGUUAUAGGCUCACCAGCAAAGGCUGCUCUUGGCCUUGCAGGAGUUGCUCCAUUCCAGUUCCAUGGCUGACCCGUUCCUCCUGGGGAAUCAGGAGGGCUCCAGUGCCUCAGGGAGCAGUGACAGGCUAGCUGGGGUGGGGAACAGGGAUGCACUCAUGAGUGUGUGAUGAGAGCAUUCCAGAGGCUGGAGGCUGGGGCCUUCUCCCACCUCCUGGGAUAACUGACUCCCUGCAGGGCAGGGGCCGAGCAUUCGAGGCAGGUAGGGAGAUGAGGAGGGCAAACUUGGCUUAAGGUAGCAGAUAAAAUUGGUGAAGAUUUUAUGCCACCUUUCUCAUGAUGGGGAGAGAUGGCUCCUCACUGGAGUUUGGGGGCUCUACUCCCAGUAUCCCCUUUCUUCACACAUGCACUUUAAAAUGACCAUUCACCGAUGGAGCUCUCAAGGGCAGGAUGGAGGUGCUUCUCUGGUGGUUCUGAUUAACAUCUCUUCCACUGAAUCCAACUGCUCUUUUUUCUUUCAAAGAAUGUAUGGAAUUGAUUGAAUCACAGAAAUUCAAGAGGAAGGACCAAAUGUAUGGGCUUGGUUGCAGGUGACUAGGGAACUUGAGCACUUGAGAGGGGACACAGGUUGGGAUGGGAGACAUUUGUUUCCUGCUAUAAAGUCUACUUAGUUGUUUUGCCACCAAAUCAAAUCUUUCUUCCCAUGUUAAUAACUUUCAAAAAAACCCCUCCUGGGCUUAUAGCUUUUGCAGAGGCUUAACCUAGGGAUGAAUAGGGUUGGAUAUUUUUUGUUUGGUUGAAUUUUGGUUUUGGGUAUUUUAUUGGUUCAGGGUUUUUUAAAAUCAGCAUUCUCUAGGGAAGGGUGAAAACAUCCUUCUUCUGUGAGAAGACUGAUGCUAUUUUGUAAUUAAGUCAGAAAAAUGUUCCAGAUGGCUAAUCCUUCCCUGCAGGCAGUUUCCUGAAUAAGCUGUAGACAAGAGACAAGUGUUUGUGCAUGUGCAGGCAAGGUACAAAGUUUGUGCUAAGUACAAUUCUAUGACUAAUAUACGGACUCUAAAAAUAUCAUAGCAUCACAGGGCAUUUUGGGGUAAUUUUGUGUUAGUUUUUCUGAUGCUUCUCUUUGGAGUUCCUCUGUAGAACAAUGUGGUAAAAUCAAGAGUAGUCUUUUUCAUGGUGAGAUUUAAUACAAUUGUGUAUGAAGACCUGAUUAUGGUGAUAACACUCUAUUGAAUGAAGGCUCCUGUAGUUACAUUAAUCUGCCCUCUCUGCAGGUGUGUUAUGACACCAUUGCUCAGCUAGGAUAAAGAAUAGUCACUGUUCUGGUGAGAAAACAGCUUUCGCUGACUUAACUUGGCUUGAGUAUUCCUUCUAUUCAGGUGCCCAUCUCUAUGCUAGGACCAGGCUUUGGAGGGGGCCUUUCUUAGUGUGCAGAGCCCUGAUAUUCAGCAUGCCAUUCCUGCCUCCCUGCUCUCAUCUGCCUGAAAUUUGUCAAGUGUGCCUGACUUUUGGGGCACCACUCCUCUCUGUCACAGAAUGGUGUGUGUCAGCACCUCUCCUUGCAGUGGUACUGUCUCAGGGCUGUUCUGCACUCCCUAGGAGUGUGGUUGGCUUCUGCUAACUGUGCAAUGGACACAUUCUCUGUCUUUAUUAGGCAAGUCAGUCUCCAGAAUGCCCCUUCCAUCCUGGCCUCAGUCCUGUUUUCCUAGCACAUUGCUACCCAUUUCUGUUGCCUUUAAAAUGCCUGCACCAGGACAGGCCCUAGGUGAGAUGUGUGCUAAUCCUGCCCUCAGUGUUUGUGCCUCACAGGGUUCUCCAGAAUGAGGAUGCUGCCGCCGUAUCACGUGUAGCUGCUUCCAAAUGACACACUUCUGGUUUCAUCAGCUGCAUUUGGGAUGUGUGAAGUCACAGUGAUGCUGUUGUGUGAAGAUUCUGCCUCCUCAGGUGCAGCGUUAGGGUUAGGGUUACAGAUGUGGGAAGAGAUGUUUUCACAGCUCUAUUUGUCAGUGAAGUGUCCACCUGGGCCCCUUUGUCACCUGGGGGUGUCACAGCUCCUGCUGACUGGACUCUCCUACGUAAAACUCUCCAUUAAUGUUGGUAAUUAGUACUUCAAGCGCAGGAUAGCUGAGGUGUCUGUGGCCAAAGGCAGGAGGCAGAGGAGCCCAGGUUCUCAUGCCUGUUCUAUGCACGGUGCAUGCAGAGGAAUUCAGGGCUGUGACAGGCACUCGAGGAAGGGAUCUCGUAUGCAUACAGCAUAUGAAUGUACAGGGGCUGGUUACACCAUAGAGGCAAUGUCUGAGCAACUGAGGGUGCAGAGUCCCUUGAGUGUCUCUGAACACCAACGUCUGUCUUAGAGGGUUUGGAGAGCUUGCCUUAUGCCAUGUGUGUUACUGUAACUCCUCGACCUCAGCUGCACUGCGCAGUGGUCGGAAUGGGCACUACUGACAAAUGAGGCAAGAUGCAGUGUGGCUUAAAUAGCUUUGUACUGUAGGCAGGUGAAGGGCUGUGAAGGUGCUUGCCCUGUUGUUUACCUGGCUGCUGACCUGGACUUUGGCUUGCUGCACCUCUGUUGGGUGCAGUCCUGAGCUCUGUGGAACAGGCCAGUGUGAACUGGACCUUGGUGCUUUUACCCAGACUCCUGUCAGUCCUGCUGUUGUGUACGUUUCGGCUGCCUGCUCGUCCCUGGAAGCAGUGGUUUGAAGCACAGCUCAUGACAAGGGACUGAGAUGGAGAAUCUAUGUGUCUGGCUGUUUGCCCCAAAGGGUGGGCAGGCAAGGGCCACAGGCAACUCUCCAGCCCAGCUCAGCAGUACUGGUAUCACAGGAACCUGUCCUUCCUGGGCAGGGCUGUAUGCCUUAGCACCACAGUGGUGCUUGUAUUGAUCACUGAGGCUCUCCUGGGAUGGGGCAUGUGUGAGACAGGCUCUGCUGCAGGGAGUAAGGCUGUGAAUGAGCCCAUGGAGGAGGCUUUUAUUUCUUGGGUUUACAGGGAAAGGAGGAGAUCAAGCCAGGAAGACAUUGCAGAGUGGGAUGGUCACCUGGGCUUUUCUGCUGGCGGAGAUGUGACAGACUUCUCAGAGAAAUACACCAUGUUCCUGCUGCUGUUGUGGAGGGUAGGAGAGCUGUGGUCUGUCCUGCCUGGAGGAGGCCCUAAUCUUAUCCAGCUCACACUCUGUAGCAGGAGCCCAUGGGAUGAAAUAAUGGGGUCUGUAGCUGUUUGUCCCAUCUCAUGGAACAUGCUUUGGGUUAGCUGCACAGCGGAGCCAAGCCUGUCUCUGGGCUGUGCAUUCACAGCAACGAGCGCUCAUCACUACCAGACUAUGCAGAGGAAGCUGUCUGGAAGGGAAGGAAGCUACAGAGGCCCCUCUGGCUUCCCCUUCCAGCUGCUGAGCAGCUUUUUAUAUUGCACUUUUCACAUUAAGUGUCCCUGUCCCCACCCCACACUUCAAGUCACUUUGUCCCAUAAAGAACUAACAAUCCUUGUCUCAGAAAAUAUUGUGAAAGAAACUACAGCAGCUGGAGUAGCCCAAAUGCUAGUUCCUGCCCACAGCAGCACACGUGCCUUUCCCCAGCAUCACUCGCAAAUGCUCCUUGUCUUUCAAGCUGUGCUAGAGCCUGACACUUGUCAGAAGCUGCUAAGACAGCUACAAAUACACAUUCAAUAUAGUUUGGCCCAGGGUGUUCCACAUAUAGUUUAAAAUGCUGAUGGUCCAGGCCCUUCCACGGCCUUCACACCUGUCCAUCAAGGACAGAAUUGCCCCCUAAGGUCCUUCAGGCUGCUGCCACCCACCCUGCCAACACACCCCUGGCACACUCGAGUUGUUUUUGGCUUUCAUGGCACCUUAGCACCGGGGAGGGUCUGCUCACAGAGAGAGAGACACGGGGGAGCUGGCUGGGCUGCCCUGAGGCAGAGAGAUGUUUGUAGAUAAAAGUGCUGACCCCUCACUAUAAUCCCCAGUAUAUGGCUGUAUUAACAUGUAACCGAUGCAGUGUAUCUAAAGCCUUAGAACUAGUCAGGUGCUCCCCUCCAACUUUGUCCCUGCCCCUUUCCUCCUACCUGAUCUUUAACAAAGCAUUAAUAAUUCUAAGGAUAAUCUCUAUUUUGUUGUGCUUUUUUUGUAACUGUUUUAAAUAAAUCAAUUUGUACUGUA